GCCUUCCUCGACUAUCACGGGCUCCCCUACGAAAUCGUGGAGGUGAACCCGGUCCUGAGGAAGGAGAUCAAGUUCUCCGCCUACAGGAAGGUCCCCAUCCUCCUGGUCGACGCGGGAAGCCCGCUGCAACUGAACGACUCUUCAGUCAUCAUUAGCGCAGUUAAAAGCCAUCUUAUUUCCAGGAAGAGCUUGGAAGAAAUUGUGUCCUACUACCCUGCUAUGAAAGCCAUAAAUAAGGAAGGGAAGGAGGUGACCGAGUUUGGGAACAAGUACUGGCUGAUGUUGGACGACAAGGAGGCCCUCUGCGUGUAUCCUGUCGAGGAAGCAAGAACGGAAGAAAUGAAGUGGAGGAAGUGGGCAGACGACUGGCUGGUCCACUUGAUCUCUCCCAAUGUUUACCGCACGCCAGGAGAGGCCCUGGCAUCGUUCGACUACAUCGUGCGCGAAGGGAAGUUCGGCCUGGUGGAAGGUUUUUUCGCCAAAUACGUGGGCGCUGCUGCAAUGUUCUUCGUAAGCAAGAGGUUAAAGAAGAGGCACCAUAUGCGGGAUGAUGUCCGGGAAGACUUGUACCAAGCUGUCAACGAUUGGGUGAAAGCUGUUGGCAAGCACAGGACGUUCAUGGGGGGAGACCAGCCUAACCUUGCAGAUUUGGCAGUUUAUGGGGUCCUGCGCGUGAUGGAAGGCUUGGAGGCGUUUGACGACAUGAUGGGGCACACCAGGAUCCAACCUUGGUACCGCCGCGUGGAGGCUGCUGUCGGCCAGGUCGAAGCCGCCAGAUGGACGCACUGCUGAGUCUCGGGGGUCGUGGUUUUGCCCGGCCCAAGAAAAGCUGAUUCUGGGGAGUUUGAUUCAAAGUGAGGUGGUGCUGUGCAAAGUGGAGGGCCGCAAAAGGAGCACCAGGGUAGAAGUAGCCACAGCCAUGGGGAGAACCUGAAGCAGCAGAACAAAGGUGUGGGCAGUUGCUCUUGCAGUGGGUCUAUCUUGAUUUUAGGAAGGGGGCGGAAGUCGCUAACAGGAGGCUGCGCUCCUCGGAGGUUGGAUUUGGGGCCUCUUCCUGAUUCUUUUGAAAAGCAAGAAAUUCAGCCCUGGACGGAGGGAAGCUAAUGCUUGCAGGCUGCUGCUCCAGACAGAAAACAUUUGAAACGGUCCUUUUGCAUUUGUGUAGUUUUAGAACUAUGAAAGGAAAUGCUGCUUUCCAUUUUUGUUACGGUUAUGUUUUGGGGUGCAUCUCAAAUUUCCUGCCUGCCACCUGCCAGAGAGAUUGACUUGCAUGUAAGCAGGAUUUCUCUUCAAAAUGCAAUCUUUUUCUUUUUUUUCAAA